GGUCUCGGGCCCUCAGGCGGAGCGGCGGGCGCCGGACCCCCAGGUGGAGCGACAGGUCUCGGGCCCUCAGGCGGAGCGGCGGGCGCCGGACCCCCAGGUGGAGCGACAGGUCUCGGGCCCUCAGGCGGAGCGGCGGGCGCCGGACCCCCAGGCGGAGCGACAGGUCUCGGGCCCUCAGGCGGAGCGGCGGGCGCCGGACCCCCAGGCGGAGCGACAGGUCUCGGGCCCUCAGGCGGAGCGGCGGGCGCCGGACCCCCAGGCGAAGCGGCGGGCACCGAGUCACCAGGCACGACAGUGGGCUCCGAGUCAACUGGCAUGACCGCUGGCACUGGGUCAGACAUUGGAUCGUCUGGCUGGACAGCGGGCAUCGGGUCACCAGGCAUCAGGUCAUUUGGCUCGACAGCGGGCACCGCGUCAUCUGGCAAGGCAGUGGGCUCCGAGUCAACUGGUAUGACUGCGGGCACUGGGUCAGACAUUGGAUCGUCUGACUGGACAGCGGGCAUCGGGUCACCAGGCAUCAAGUCAUUUGGCUCGACAGCGAGCACCGCGUCAUCUGGCAAGGCAGUGGGCUCCGAGUCAACAGGCACGACAGUGGGCACC